AUGCCAUUGGCUCGCAUGGUUAACAGCGCGCCGCUUUCCAUUAUCGUCGACGAUCAACGGACGGACUACAUCGUUUUAAGUGGACCUCAGCAGUGGACAAGCACCACGGAGCCUGAAUGGUUUAAUGGAACAUCUCAAUCACCAACUUACGCACUUCAGAAUAAGGGAGGGUUUGGAACAUUGGAGAUGAAAUUCCAUGGGACGUCCGUCGCAUUCUUCGGAGUUACUCCUCCAGUAUUCCCUGACUCUCAAAUUCUUAGUGUGUCUAUUGACGGAAGUGUUCCAUACAACACAAGCUACGCCGAUCCAAAUCCACAGACUUACCGCCAGUGGUAUCAGUCCCCAUUGCUAGCAGAUGGCCCACAUGUCGUUGCACUUUCUCACAUUGCAGGUACAAGCCUCGACUACGCAGUUGUCACAGUUGGUCCCAGUACACCCUUAACUAAUGAACACAUUAUCGUCGACAAUGAUGAUCCUGGAGUUACUUUCAAUGGCACAUGGAGUCGAAGCCAUUCCAUGUUUAAUUCGGGCCCACAGCCUGACGGAUUUCCGUAUCAUAACACCACUCAUCAAUCCUCAACUGUGGGUAGUAGUUUUACUUAUCGUUUCAGUGGUCAGGAUACCCGUUCUUUGCCGGUUUAUCUGCGCUCAUCUAAGGUUUUAGGGCAUUCUGCGGCAGUAUAUGGCAUAUUUAACUGGGCAUAUGUAGGAAUACUAUCUUUGACCUUCAGUCUUGAUGGGGAAUCGUUGGCACAAAGCUACCGCGUUAGCCCAGACACCCCCCAGUCCAAGAAUGAAAUAGGACAACAGCAAAACUUUCUCUUUUAUUCCUAUGAUUUUCUUUCGCCUGGAGACCACACGCUCACUGUCAACGUCACUGAAGCCAUAAAUCAAACAUUCGCUUUUGAUUACAUUACCUUCAAACCGUCCUUUUCUUCGCUUAGCAAUAUGCCGGAUCUUUCACAAACAUCAGUCUCUGGGAUGCUCAAGGGAGAUAAAUCAUCUACAAGACAUUCUUUCGCGAUUGUCGCUGUGGUUGCGAGCACUGUGUUAUUGCUUCUCCUUUCCGGUCUUCUAUUUGCAUAUAUGAAGCAUCGAAAGAACUUGAAGGGAAGAUACGUCCCAGUCUAUCCCUUCGCUCUUGUUCAGGAGCACCGCCCCGAGGUCACCGUAAUACGCGGUUUACUGAGCCAACCUGAUCUCGGAACCGCCUCCUCAAUCGGCCGUGAAUCCAGUUGGAACGAGGGCUCCUCUCAGGAUAAUCUUAUUGACCCACAUAAUAAUAGGCAAGGUCAGCUUGAUAGCGCAGCUAGUUCGCAUGUGCACUCCCUCGAAAACCUUUCGACACCUAGUGCCACCACAUCAACUGCUCUUGUAGCAGAUCGCUCUCACAUCGCACACAGGUCGGUCAUCAGCACUGGAGGUAGUGAACGGGAUUCUAUGUAUACCCAAAGUUCUCCACCGUCUUACGACGAGACAACUCGCGAGCAGCCUCCGCCCACGCCAUUUAGACGCACUGCUCAGCAAUAG